AGCUUGGAGUGGUGUCCCACCAUAUAUGCGGCCCACCGUAUGGAGGCUUCUUUUGGGAUAUGCACCCCCUAAUUCAGAUAGAAGGGAAGGAGUUCUCAGAAGAAAGCGUCUUGAUUAUCUUGAUUGUGUUGCUCAGUAUUAUGAUAUUCCAGACACUGACCGUACAGACGAAGAGAUUAACAUGCUUCGUCAGAUUGCUGUUGAUUGUCCUAGAACUGUACCCGAUGUCUCUUUCUUUCAACAAAUGGAAAUUCAAAAAUCCUUGGAACGCAUACUUUAUACCUGGGCCAUCCGCCAUCCUGCAAGUGGAUAUGUUCAAGGAAUCAAUGAUCUUGCUACACCCUUUUUAGUUGUUUUCCUGUCGGAACACUUAGAAGGGAGUGUUGAUAACUGGUCAAUGGCAGAUCUAGCUCCGGAGAAAAUCAACAACAUAGAAGCUGACUGCUACUGGUGUCUAUCAAAGUUGCUUGAUGGUAUGCAAGACCAUUAUACGUUUGCUCAACCAGGAAUCCAAAGGCUUGUGUUUAAGCUUAAGGAAUUGGUUAGGCGGAUUGAUGAACCUGUUUCAAGGCACAUGGAGGAGCAAGGGCUUGAAUUUCUUCAAUUUGCUUUCCGCUGGUUUAAUUGUCUUCUGAUACGUGAGAUCCCCUUUGGUCUUGUUACCCGCUUGUGGGACACAUAUCUUGCAGAAGGAGAUGCACUGCCAGAUUUCCUCGUGUACAUAUCUGCCAGUUUUCUUUUAACAUGGUCGGAUAAGCUCCAGAAGCUUGAUUUCCAGGAGAUGGUUAUGUUCCUUCAACACCUUCCAACUCAGAAUUGGACCUAUCUGGAGCUUGAAAUGGUGCUUUCGAGAGCAUACAUGUGGCACACCAUGUUCAAUAGCUCUCCCAGCCACUUAGCUAGCUGAAAAGGGGAAUUAUAUAUAGCAAAUCCUUAAAUUUUUUGGUUCUCACAUUCUCUGUUUUUUCACUUAAUUUCUCUCUAAUUUUUUUUUUUUGGUGUUGGAUUUUAUUUCUCUACUUGGCUCUUCUAAGACACUGGUUAAUUGUCCUGUCACCUGUAUGAUGCUCUGUAUUAUCUGCAUUUUCAAUCAUUUCUAUGUACUUAUAUACCUUUGAUUGAAGAAGGAAGAGGCAGAAUUUAUGUAGUAG